AUGCCAGAUCAUAAAAAGACGCGAAGUUCCACUUUAGAACGCACUUAUGAUAAAAAUACUCUGAGUGGCGAUCCAAAAGUUACUUAUGGUGACAAAACACUGAAGAGUAUUGAUGAAGACAACUAUGAUAUAAAAACCUUGAGUGGCGUUCCAAGCCGUUCUUUUAACGACAUACACAACUAUAAUCAAAUAAAAACCUUGAGUGAUUUUCUAGAUCGUACUAACGAAGAAAAAGUACCAAAGAACAUUGGCAAAUAUAAUUAUGAUGAAAUAAAAACUUUGAGUGAUGUUAUUGAAAGUACACAUGGCAACCAAUUACUCAAUCGCGUUGAGGAAUAUAACUAUGAUCAUAAAACAACUCUGAGUGGCGUUCCGAAAGAUACUUAUGGUUACAAAACACUGAAGAGUAUCGAUAAACACAAAUAUGAUCAAAUAAAAAGCUUGAGUGAUUUUCUACAAGGCACCAAUGACGAGGAAGCAUCGAAGAAUAUUGACAAACAUAAUUAUAAUCAUAUAAAAACUUUGAGCGACUUUCUUGAAAAUAGACAUGGCCACAAAUUACCCAAUCGCAUUGAGAAAUAUAACUAUGACCAUAUAAAAACUCUGAGUGACGUUCCAAAAGUAACUUAUGGUGAUGAAAGACUGAAUGGUAUUGACAAAUACAAAUUUAAUCAAAUUAAAAGCUUAAGUGAUUUUCUACAAGGCACCAAUGACGAGAAAGCAUCGAAGAAUAUUGACAAACAUAAUUAUAAUCUUAUACAAACUUUGAGCGACGUUCUUGAAAAUACACAUGGCCACAAAUUACUCAAUCGCAUUGAGAAAUAUAUCUAUGAUCAUAUAAAAACUCUGAGUGACGUUCCAAAAGUAACUUAUGGCGAUGAAAUACUGAAUGGUAUUGACAAAUACAAAUUUAAUCAAAUUAAAACCUUGAGUGAUUUUCUACAAGCCACCAAUAACGAGAAAGCAUCGAAGAAUAUUGACAAACAUAAUUAUAAUCAUAUAAAAACUUUGAGCGACGUUCUUGAAAAUACGCAUGGCCACAAAUUACCCAAUCGCAUUGAGAAAUAUAACUAUGAUCAUAUAAAAACUCUGAGUGACGUUCCAAAAGUAACUUAUGGCGAUGAAAGACUGAAUGGUAUUGACAAAUACAAAUUUAAUCAAAUUAAAAGCUUGAGUGAUUUUCUACAAGGCACCAAUGACGAGAAAGCAUCGAAGAAUAUUGACAAACAUAAUUAUAAUCAUGUAACAACUUUGAGCGACGUCCUUGAAAAUACACAUGGCGAGCAAUUACUCAACCACAUUGAGAAACACAACUAUGAUCAUAUAAAAACUCUGAGUGACGUUCCACAAGUAACUUAUGGUGACAAAACACUGAAUGGUAUUGACGAACACACAUAUGAUCAAAUAAAAAGCUUGAGUGAUUUUCUACAAGGCACCAAUGACGAGAAAGCAUCGAAGAAUAUUGACAAACAUGAUUAUAAUCAUAUAAAAACUUUGAGCGACGUUCUUGAAAAUACACAUGGCCACAAAUUACUCAAUCGCAUUGAGGAACACAACUAUGAUCAUAUAAAAACCUUAAGUGAUUUGCUAGAACGUAUUUAUUACGAUAAAACACUAAAGGACACUGACAAACAUAAUAAUGAUGAAAUAAAAAAAUUAAGUGACGUUCUAGAGAGUACAUAUGACAACAAAUUACUCAGUCGCAUUGACGGACAAAAUUAUUAUAAUAUAAAAACACUGAGAGAAAUUUUAGAAGGACAUAAUAAUGACGACAGAACGUUAAACAGAAUUGAAGAACAUAAUUAUGGUUAUAUAAAAACCUUGAGUGGUCCAAAACAUAUUUAUGGCGAGAGUGAAGAAACCAAAAUCCCACAUUAUUAUGCCGCCAUCAGAGUUUCAUCAAGUCAAUAAAUCAACCGUAUUGUAUGACACCUGAAGCUGAGAAAGCAACAACUUAUUAUGGGUAUGAAUAGUCCAGAAAUAAGUAAAA